CUUCAACGAACUGCGUUUCCUUGAAGCGUUGUUUCAUAAGUGUGAGUAACAGCUGUUCUGAUCAACAAAUAUGCUAAAGACGAUGGGAGACUACGAUGAUCUCGAUGAAGAAGUAUAUGAUGAAGAGGAGGAGCUGUACCAUAUGUAUUUCAGACAGCCAAACACCAUAAAACCUCGAAUGGAUAAUUUGGAGAACUGGAGCGAUGCUGAAUUCUACGAAAAGUUUCGUUUCACCAAGCACACAGUAGUGGGAUUGCUGGAGCAGAUCAAGAAUAAACUGAUACACAAGACGAAUAAGAAUAAUCCAGUGACUCCUGUGCAACAGCUCCUGAUUACAUUGGGUUUCUUUGCAAGUGGCUCCUUUUACAUCACAAUUGGAGACUUUGCUGGUAUUCAUAAGACAACAACUGGAAAAAUUAUACAUAGGGUAUGUGAUGCUAUUUCGAGUCUGCUGGAUCAGUAUGUUUACAUGCCAUCGAAUACCAGUGAGGUUGAUAAGAGUCAAUUGGAUUUUUACAAUGUUGCUCAGUUUCCUAACGUUCUUGCAGUAUUGGAUUGUACCCAUGUAAAGAUACAAUCUCCAGGUGGAGAGGAUGCUGACUAUUACAGAUGCAGGAAUGGGUACUUUGCUAUCAACGUUCAGGCUAUGUGCAACGCAUCUCUGAAAUUCGUUGAUAUUGUGGCGCGAUGGCCGGGUUCGACGCACGCGAGCACGAUUUUCGAGAAUUCCUUCGUCAAGUCGAGAUUCGAGAACAAAGAGUUCAAAGAUGGUUUAGUUCUCGGCGGUGGCUGCUUUCCGCUGCGGAACUAUUUGAUAACACCUAUCAGGAAUCCGCAGACGGAGGGCGAACAUCGCUUCAACGAAUCUCACAUGAAGACGAGGAGGAUUAUGGAGAAAUGUUUGAGGCUGUGGAAGAAGAGGUUUCCUAUCUUGACGACAGGCAUGAGAUGCAAGGUGCCUCUGGUGCAGAAGAUCAUCGUAACCACGGCAAUUCUACAUAACAUAUCCAUAGAUUGCAACGAAACUGAACCGGAUGUUGACGGAAGUUCCGGCGAGGAAAACGAUAUUUUGUUUAAUUGCAACGAAGUCGUUCAUCAAGAUGCUAGAAAUGAUUUGAUCAAGUACUUUUCUAACUCAACUAACUAAUGUUCCUAUGGUUACUCUGCAUGUAAAUAGUUACUUUUUUGUAGCGAACUUUCCCAUUACUAAUUUUAUAUUUUUUUAUACAAA